AUGAAUUUGCUACAGGAAAAGUCAGCCUCAAUUGGGAGCAGGUUUGUCACCCUGUGUCCUUUCGUCUCGCUGAAGUGGAUUCUAACGUUCCUAAUUGCAGGUUCCUCAGUCUCAGGAUCUCCAGUGAAAGGCGUGGUGGGUCAGGAUGUCACUUUGUCCUGCCACUACAGUGUCAGAACAGAGAGCGACCUGACCACGAUGUGCUGGGGCCGGGGGCCCUGUCCUAAUUCUCAGUGUUCAAACCUAAUUCUCUGGACAGACGGCAGGAGGGUGACACAGCGGCAAGACAACAGAUACCAGUUAUCUGGGAACCAGCUGAGAGGGGACGUGUCCCUCACCAUCCGGAGAGCAAGGGAAGCAGACACAGGGACGUACUGCUGCCGUGUGGAAAUCCAUGGGUGGUUUAAUGAUCAGAAAACGAAUGUGGACGUUGUGAUUGAGAGAGCAUCAAUUACAAUCUCCACUACAGGCCUCUCAACUCACAGCUCCAAGGACACCUCAGGUGCUUCAGCUGCCAGUGAAAUCCUCUCUACCGUCACAUCAGCAUGGCCUUCUACUGUCAGCAGCUUCCUAGGUACGUACACUGCAGACAUAGGAGGAAGAAGUUGGCAAGGUUCCUCAGUCUCAGGAUCUCCAGUGAAAGGCGUGGUGGGUCAGGAUGUCACUUUGUCCUGCCGCUACAGUGUCAGAACAGAGAGCGACCUGACCACGAUGUGCUGGGGCCGGGGGCCCUGUCCUAAUUCUCAGUGUUCAAACCUAAUUCUCUGGACAGACGGCAGGAGGGUGACAGAGCGGCAGGACAACAGAUACCAGUUAUCUGGGAACCUGCUGAGAGGGGACGUGUCCCUCACCAUCCGGAGAGCAAGGGAAGCAGACACAGGGACGUACUGCUGCCGUGUGGAAAUCCAUGGGUGGUUUAAUGAUCAGAAAACCAAUGUGGACGUUGUGAUUGAGAGAGCACCAGCAACGACCUCCACAACAGCCCCUUCCACACGCAGCACUGAACACACCUCAGUUGCUCCAAAUGCCAGUGAAUCGUCCUUUACCAUCUCGCCGACGUGGCUAUUGGUUUCCAGCUCAGAAGUCCCUCCAGACAAUGCGUCUUCUGUCGUUCAUCAGACAACGGGGGCAGAUCCCAGCAAGGAUGGCAUAUAUAUUGGAAUCAGCAUCUUUCUGGGUUUUUUAGUCAUCCUAGCUGUUGUUUUCUUUCGCUUGAAAAGACAUUUGCCCAAGAGGCAGAAGCUGAGGAACCUUGUAAGCUCAGUCUCCUUCUCCAGGACAGGACACGAGGGAAUCCAAAGUGCGCUAGAAAGCGAUUUCCAUGCAGAGGAAAAUGUUUACACGAUACACUAAGGACUAAUCGCAUGCUUGCCCUUAUACUCUGGCAUUUGCCAGUUACUACAAAGUUAGAAUCAUUUAUGCUGCUCCCUAAACUAUUUGUACCACUGGCCACUUUGAAGGAUCAUUUCUUACCCUGAGCAGACACAGAAGUAGCAAGAUGCAGAGGUUUGUUCAGGUGCUACUCUGCUCACUCCAGGAAAGCAAGAAGAACCAGUGUGGUACAGACUAAAACUUGAUGAGUCUCUUCCAGUUGCAGUGUCCGUCUCACAUAGUGCAACAAAUCAUCGGUCUCUGAAUCCAUUCCUCUAAUCAUGGGCCAAAUAGAUCCAGCUUUUCAUCCAAUGCAAAUGACCACUUCUUGCGUCGGACCAUUGCCAAGCAGCCGCACACCUGCGAAAGGGGAAGUUGCAAUGUGCUUCCAUAUUUCUCUGUAUCUUUUGACAUGCUUUGUCACUACUGUGAUGUAGACUGCUGGAGUUGGGAUGGCAGCUAGAAACCCUGCCAUGCCAUCUGCAGAGAUGACCAGCUUGUGGCAGCAGCGAUGGGAGUGAUAUGAAGAGGGGUCUGUUGAAGUGAACAUUGCAAUAAACAGGAGUUUCACUGCAUUUUCGAUCAUUCAAGAUAUACCCUCAGUGGGCACAUCUACACAAGACACUACUGUGCAGUAGCAUGUCAUGGCAAAAACCAUGCUAAUAUGCCACUGUGCAGUAGUAUUAAGCUAUUGUGCAGCUAGCACCACUAAAA